AUGGCCGCGCUUCGCGGCAACAAGGGCGAGCCGGCGCUCGACGUGCGCUGGUCCGCACCGAUCUCCGAGAACGAAAUGCGCUACGUGGAAGAUUACGUCAAAGCGCGUUACCCGGCGAUUUUCACGGAGUGCAUCGUGGGGCUUGGCUUCCCCAUGCCGUGCGUGUUAGAGGAGCCGGACGGCGGCGGGUAUCGCGGCGGGAAUGGCGGCGGGUACGGCGGGGGAUUGUCCCCCAUGGCGGAGCUACUCGCGAUGGAUGACGAGGAGGGGGACGCGGAGGGGGAAGGGGGAUACGGCGGAAUGGGCGGACCGGGCGCCGUCUUCGGAAGGAGUAACAGCACCGUAAGCGCGGGGGGGAGCAGCAGCGGAACGGCCUCUCCGCAGUUCCGCGCACACAGCACCAGUCCCACAGCGGCGGGGGGAGGAAACGUGGUUCCGCUGAUGCGCGACUCGCUGCAGCAGCAAAAGCAGCAGAUGGAGCAGCAGAUGCAGCAGCAGAAACAGCAGAUGGAGCAGCAGCGCAAGAUGAUGCAGCGCAACGGUCCUCCUCCAUCGUUCUCCGCGUCGUCCCCGUCGGAAAACAAGUCGCGGCUCUUCUCGCGCUUCGUCCCGUCGGGAACGGUCACCGCGACUCAGCCGGGGCGCGCGCUGCUGAACCCGAGCAGACUGCGGGACAUCCUGGUGGAGAGUCGGGACGUGCUGGACCUCUCAAUGAGCGUCUCUGUCACGGAGCUACACGCAAGGAGGCGCAUUCUGCAGCAGUGUGGUGUGGAGAGUGAGGAGUACCACAUUGUCUUCACGCCCUCGGUGCAGGAAGCCAUGGUGCUGGUCGCUGAGGCGUACCCCUUCCACCGCCACAACGUGUUCCUGACAGCUCUGGAUCAGACCGAUGAUAGCAUCAGCAUGUUCGCCACGCACAAGGACUCCAAGGUGAUCCAGGCGCCCCUAUCAUGGCUCGACCUGCAGAAGCCGGGAAGCCAGCUCAGCACCAACUUCCGACGCAAGAGCAAAGCCAACCCCAAG